UUUCAAGAGUAAAGAAUGGGUGACAAGAAGAAAAAGGCUCAGAUGUUUGUGAAACCAGUGUCUGCUGCCGGCACUGGAUUUUUCUAUGAAAAGAGAAAGCCGAGACAGUUCACAGAGAAGCUUGAGUUUCGAAAAUUUGAUCCUAGGGUUAAUCGUCAUGUUCUCUUUACAGAGGCUAAGAUGAAGUGAUUUGGUACCUUGUAUGGCUUCAUUUCCCUUUAACUGGAUCAUUCUUAUACUUCUCUCAAAGGGCUUUCUAUGUUUUUGUUGAUUUACCUUGAUUUAUGUAGUUCUGGGUUAGAU